CCCAAAGAAAGUUUUUAUCAAAAAAAGAACAAAGUUCUUUUUUUUAUCUUUUUUUUUUCUAUGUGGACGGUUUUGAUUUGUAAUUGGCGUAGUAAAAGAUUUGCUUUGUGCAGGUGAUGAAGCACGUGUUCAAGAAGAAUUUGAGAAGCAGAAAAUUGGUCACCGUCGAGUUGAUAAACAAGGAGAGGUUAGUUAUAAACGUGUACCCACAAAUGCGCUUAUGGGCGCAGUUCAGAUGGGAAUUGCAAAUGCGGUCGGAUCUCUUGCUUCAGUCCCCGUUCGCGAUAUACUAAUUACUGACUUUUAUAUGGUGGAGACUGUCUCAUUCCCAUCAAACGGUUCACAAGUAACGCCAGCCCAUAACUUUGGUGAUUUUCGAUUUCAAACUUUUGCUCCAAUAGCCUUUCGGUACUUUAGAAAGUUGUUUAAUAUAGAAACUGCUGAUUUUCUGCAUUCCAUUUGCUUUGAACCGCUUCAAGAGCUAUCAAACCCCGGUGCUUCUGGUUCUAUCUUUUACGUUACAUCUGACGAAAGGUUUAUUAUAAAAACGGUGCAACAUAACGAGGCCGAUUUCCUUCAGAGUCUUUUGCCUUCAUAUUUUAUGAAUUUAAAACAGAACCCAUUAACGUUGUUACCAAAAUUCUUCGGAUUUUUUUGUUACCAGGUAUCCCUUGGAAAAAACAUUCGUCUUAUUGUAAUGAACAACUUACUUCCGCAGUCGGUUUCAAUGCAUGAAAAAUAUGAUUUGAAAGGCUCUACUUACAAGAGAUAUGCGUCGAGAUCAGAAAAAGCUAAAGCAUGCCCAACUUUAAAGGAUUUGGAUUUUGUAAAAAAAUACCAUGAGGGUUUCUAUCUGGAAGCUGACAAGUAUGAAUCGCUUAUUAAAACUUUGGAGCGGGACUGCUUGGUUCUUCAAAGCUGUAAGAUUAUGGAUUACAGUUUGUUGGUUGGGGUUCACCGUGUUGAAUCUUCUGAUGUAAAUGCGGACGAUGAUUGUAAUGAAGGAGCAUGUUCAAGUGCCAACGAACUAACAAAACGUAGAAGGUCUCGUUUUUGGGAUUUAGAUGGAGUCUUUCCUGCACGGAAUCAUAAAGGACAAGAAUUAGUGUUGUUCUUAGGCGUUAUCGACAUUUUGCAGAAAUACCGAUUUUUUAAAAAGUUUGAACACACAUGGAAAAGCAUAUUGUAUAAGGCGGAUACUGUAUCAGUGCACAACCCUAGUUUCUAUGCAGAUCGUUUUAUGCGGUUUAUGAAAGAGCACGUUUUUCACUCAUGUAGGACAUUUUUGCCACAUUAUUCUCCUAACACAUCCGCUAAUACCACUUUAUUUCUGAAAGCUCAAAAGAAGAAAAUUGAGCGUUUAUUUGCACCCGAAAGAAAGCCGUAUGAGAUAGAAACAGGCGAGUGUUUUUCGACUGGCGAAACAGUCAUUCGUAUAUCAAAAGAGAAAGUUGCAUUAUCUACCCAAGAAAUUAUGCCCGAUGAGGUGGAUGAGUCAUCUUUAGAAAAUAUAGAGUUUGAUCAAGUUAAGUUCAGGUAA